CCAGUACCGCUCUGGCAGCAGCUCUCGAUGGUUCGCAGGCUCCUCUCCAGGGCGGGUCCCCGCGGGAGGCGGGGUGGAGCCCUCGUCGGGAGGGACCUUCUGUGCUUCGGGGCUGCCUGGCAGUAUGUGGUGCCACAGGUUGACGCAUCUAUUCUCCAGCACCCGGUGCCUGCUGAAUAGAGGCAGUGGACACCAAAUAUCAUGGCAGCCCCGUUACAGAAAGAGCCUCACUGCUGUAUCCCGUUGGCACCAUAUGGCCCCAGCGUCUCUGAACUGUGCCUGGCAAUUACAUGGUGAUCAUUUAGAGCUCAGGUAUGCAGAGACCCUGAUGCGCUUUGAUUACGUGUGGCUGCGUGAUCACUGCCGCUCAGCAUCCUGCUACAACACCAAGACCAACCAGCGCAGCCUAGACACAGCUAGUGUGGAUCUGUGCAUCAAACCAAAGACUGUCCGAGUGGAUGAGACCACGCUCUUUCUAACAUGGCCAGAUGGUCAUGUGACCAGGUAUGGGUUAGAGUGGCUGGUGAAGAACAGCUAUGAGGGUCAGAAGCAGCAGGUCAUGCAUCCUCGAAUUCUCUGGAAUGCUGAGAUCUAUCAGCAAGCCCAGGUGCCCUCCGUGGACUGCCAGAAUUUCCUGGAGACAAAAGAGGGGCUGAAAGAAUUCCUGCAAAACUUCCUGCUGUAUGGCAUUGCUUUUGUAGAAAACGUCCCCCCGACCAAAGAGGACACGGAAAUCUUAGCAGAGAGGAUCAGCUUGAUCAGGGAGACCAUCUAUGGUAGAAUGUGGUAUUUCACCUCUGACUUCUCCCGGGGAGACACAGCAUACACAAAACUGGCUCUGGAUCGUCACACUGACACCACCUACUUCCAGGAGCCCUGUGGUAUCCAGGUGUUCCACUGCCUCAAGCACGAAGGGACAGGUGGCAGGACGCUGCUGGUGGAUGGCUUCUACGCAGCAGAGCAGGUUCUCCAGCGAGCUCCUGAAGAAUUUGAGCUCCUCACCAAGGUGCCGCUGAAACAUGAGUACAUUGAGAAUGUUGUGGGCUGUCACAACCACAUGAUUGGGGUUGGGCCAGUUUUGAAUAUCUACCCCUGGAACAAUGAGCUCUAUUUGAUCAGGUACAAUAACUACGACCGAGCUGUCAUCAACACAGUGCCUUAUGAUGUUGUGCAUCGCUGGUAUGCCGCGCAUCGCACACUCACCACAGAGCUACGGAGACCGGAAAACGAACUCUGGGUCAAACUGAAGCCAGGCAAGGCGCUGUUUGUGGAUAAUUGGCGCAUCCUGCAUGGGCGGGAAUCGUUCACGGGAUACCGCCAGCUCUGUGGGUGCUACCUGACGAGAGAUGACAUGCUAAAUACUGCACGCUUCCUGGGGCUGCAAGCUUAACAUAGACUGUCAGCAGCAGAGAGACAGCAAAACCUGUCAGCUACAGUGCUCCUGGAACUUUGUGUCACCAGAAUGAACAUGUUUUAAAUACCUCAAACACUCCCAUCCCUGCCAAAUAAUUCUUGGUGCCUGGGGGAAUGGGCGGGAGUUAAGGGUCACCAGAGCUUUACCUGAUUGUCAGCUAUGGUGCAGAGGGGGAGAUCUCUCUUGCUCCCCACCCCCAUGGCCUUCAGCACAGGCUGACUCAGCUUGAGAAGGAAGAAGCCAAGGAGCUGAGUUGCAGCUGGAAAUGCUCACGCACACCAGCUGAUGCAAAAUUCCAAUCAAGUGCCUUCUGGAUUUUAAAUGAGGUAGCAAAGCCCUCACAUUCCCCUAAGUGUUUUUGUCAGCAGCCUUCCAGGAUUUGUUGCACAUGGUAGGCCAGAGUAGCUAUUUGCCUUGUUUUGACCCUGAGCUAGACCUUUUUCCAGCUCGAGAGAGAACAAGAGGAUCUCUUUGGUUCUGCUUGAUGUAAUGCAAACACCAAGUUACUCCAGUGUGAGUUUCUCUUAUCUUUCCUGCUCCUUAAACUCCUCCCCUGGCCCACCUGUGUGCAUGCAUUUCGGGGCAGAUACAAUGUCAUCCUUCUCCAGUCAUUGAAGGCAAACUGUGCUGACUGGCCCAAAUGGAUCAGCCAGUGUAGUAUGGAACCUCUCCACGGAGAUCUGUGGGGAAGGAGGAGACGUGAGAGAGAUCUGGGAGGGAGCAAGGUGAGGUUCAUCAGGCAGCAGUGCAAGGCAAGGGCAAUAUUUCCCACACCCCUCUUUGGCUUGAACAGCAGCAGGCUUGUCUCCACAGUUCCCGCAGCCUGCUGCGUUACCUGGUCAGAGCUUCCCUGCAUGUGUUUCUUGCAGACUUGCUGCUUGGGCCUUUCUGUUCUCUCUGCCUAGGGCUACAGGCUUUAUUUGCGAGGGAGUGGAAUUCAUUAAUUCCUUCACAGCCUGGGGGAUGUUAUGUCAGGAUUUUGUUGGAAUGGCAGUGAUGUUUGCACAUGGCAAAGUGCUACCAGAUUUCCCGAGUCCGAAUCUCUGUAUUUCAAAGAGCAGCACUGUGGGUAACACAGCCAGUGACACUCCAACUUCUCUCCAGUGGGGCCAGCUGCUCCCAGCAGCACUUGUUACUAGGUAAGGCUCUGCCACUUCAGGAAGCUCAAACAUCCAGGACUCAGACUAGAGCAAGGGAGAAAUUGCUUCAAGGUUAUUGAUGAGAGACUGGAGUGAAACCUGUGCCUUUCUGAUAGGGAACAGGGGUAUGGUAGGUGCAAGCUCCUCUGGAUCCAGCAGACUGAAUAGAUGGGGGACACCAGUCUACCCAGGAGCAACUCUGCUGGAAACUGAACCCUCCUCCCUAACUUGCCGGAAGUGACUAUACACUUUCCAGUAUAAUGAUGUGGUCCUGGUUUGUUUUCCCCUUGAAGCACAUGGUGGGGAAAGCUACCAGGAAUGUGUAAGCUUCUGAAACAUAUUUUCCUGCAUGUCCUUUUCAACUUCUCUUAACCUCCCUUCCCCAGCAACAAAGGUGGAGGGGAGAGAAUUUGGUUUAACCUUCCUCACCACCCUUCCCCAGAUCUUAAGGAGUUGGAAUUUCUUCUGAGCAACUUGCUGGAGUCAAGUAUUAUUUGGGGAAACAGUAUUUCUUAGUCACACACUAGCAAUUUGUCAAAUCUAUGCAUUUGUCUGAAUGCCAUGUCUGGAACAGUCUGUUCAUAAUGAUGUUCUUUGAUCAGUCUUUGUACUCAAGCUUUUCAAACUCAUUUUUGGCUAAUAAAAUAGGAAUUGCUUCUUUUUUUCA